AAGAGCUCAGAGUGGGCUGUGAUUGGUCGAGAGCCAUUUAAGCCCCGCCCCGUAGUGAAAUCAGAAAGGAAAAAAAGUUGAAAAACAAAACAAACUCCACGGAAGAGGAAACAAACACCGAGGAGGAGCCGGGUCUUCGAGCAGCAGCAGGCCGCUCUGACAGCGCCUUUCUGCGGGGAGCGGCAUGGCACGGCCCGGGCUGCGGGGCUCGCGGCCGCGGUGAUUCAGGAUGGAUCCAGCCCGGCGGUCCACGGAGACCUGGAGGAGUCACAUCCUCCGGCAGCUGAAGCACCGAGACCUGAGUCAGACCAGCAUGUUCCAGGACCUGAUCCGGUUCUACACGCAGCUGCUGGAGAAAACCAGUCUGACCAAAGCUGUCCUGAGCAGCUCCAACAGACGUGACUGCGCUGACAGCAGCAGCUCGCUCUCCUCCCUGCAGGAGCAGACAUCUUGGAUGAAGAAGAGCACAGGAGAGUUGGCCUACCAGGUAGUGGAGCUGCAGCAGAAGAUUCAAAUCAAAACAUGUUUCCUGCAGGACCAACAAGACAGCCUGCAGGUGGAGAAGCGUCGACUGGGAGGUGUGUCAGAUGCUUGUCAAACGCUGCAGAAACAGGUGGAUCACUUUAAUUUGGAAAACAGGAAACUGAAGGAGGAUUAUGACUCUCUGCUGGAGCGCCAAAGGUGGGCGGAGUCAAAACUGAGGGAGCAGAAGGUGCAGGAGGAGGAGAUGCUGGAGAAGAUGCUGCAGCUGAAAAAUCAAGCCGCAGCCCGCAUGAACAACCGGAAUGAACGCCGGUCCAGAGCUCGACAAGCAACGCUGCAGAAAGACCUGCAGACGGCUGCCAGGUCGAAGGUCACCAUAGACAGUUCAUCCAGCGCUCCAAGUUCCAGGUCAACGUCUCCGAAGCCUGAGCUUCAUGUGUCCAGAGGACGAGGACAAACUCGUCUGUUCAGGUCCGCAUCGGUGGCGUCACCGAGGAUGUUCUCCUCCUUUAGAGAACUGUUUGAGAAGAGGCGGGGUCACUCAGUCUCCAGCCUGAAAGAGGACCUACUGUAUCCUGUAGGAUUCUGUGUGUCGGCCAGAGUCCCUGCCAGAUCUCUACAGGUGCUGGAGGCCCAUGAGCAAGGCAUCAAUGCGGUUCGGUUCAGCUUCAGCUCGGACCUUUUAGCCACCGGAGGAACGGACCGGAUCGUCAAGCUGUGGGAGCUACGAGCAGGCUCACUGACUCACAGAACCACACUGGACGGCAGCACAGAAGGAAUUACCUGCAUCGAGUUUGACCCCAUGGGUCAAAAGGUCCUUGCAGCGUCCUACGACAGGUCUGCCCUGCUGUGGAGGGUGGACGAUUCUGUCCCCAAGGUAGCUCUAACAGGUCACAGCAGAAAGGUGACAGCAGCCAAGUUCACCCGGGUCAGUAACCAGGUGGUGACUGGAAGUUUGGACCGGACCGUCCGCCUGUGGGACCUGCAGAGAACUGCCUGUGUCCAGCAGGUGGAGGUGGUUUCAUCCUGCAGUGAUCUGGUUUGCUCCGAGAACAUCAUCAUCAGUGGACACUUCGACUGUAAGAUUAGAGUCUGGGACAGCAGAUUGGCGAGCUGCACCCAGGAGCUUCCUGCUCAGGGCAGAGUCACCUCACUGGACCUGAGCUCCGACCGACGCCAGCUGCUCAUCUGUUGCCGCGACGACUGCCUCCAGCUGGUGGACCUGAGGAGGUGGAGCAACGAGCGCCUGUGCUUCAGGGCUGAAGGAUUCAAAUGUGGCAGUGACAGCACCAGAGCCGUCAUGAGCCCAGACGGAUGCUACCUGGCUGCAGGAUCAGCUGAUGGCGCCGUUUACAUCUGGAAUGUGUCCACAGGAACUCUGGAGACCCGCCUACCAGACAAACACAGCUCGUCCAUCAGCGCUGUGUCCUGGUCUCCAUCUGGUGAAUACGUUGUCAGCGUGGACAGGAGCCGCCGGGCCAUCCUGUGGAGCGACAUCUGAGCCAGCCGGCCUAUUCUGAGGCAGCUCCUGUCGUCACGGCAACUGGCUGAUCCCACAGCAGCUCCUCAUCAGAACCCGGAGGAGAACCAGAGACUAAUGUGGAAAAGCUUUACGGAACUGGUGGUUCUGCUGGUUCUGGGUCUCGUGUUUCUGGAGAACACGUGAUCGAUGUCCGACUGCAGACACGACUGCUCACCAGUACCAGAACCACACCCCCAACCUUCAGGCUUGGCUCCAGGUUUCCAGAAUAAUGACACAGAGGCUUUACCGCUCAUCCAUCUGAACGCUCCGAUUAGAGGACUUACAUCAGCUGAUAUAGGCCCCGCCCCCUCAGACGGGGGGUUUGGGCCAAAGCAGACAGAAGCUUUUAGAUGAUUAAACAACACGCCUCGGACCUAACAGAGGUUCAGGUGCUUGUAACCGAGCGACACGAACACCUGAGAACGAACGAGCAGCCC